GUAAGGUGAGGGAGUGGGACGGAAACAAUGGCUAACGCCCCUUCCGGCCUGGAACCCACGCGCUCUUCUCCCGACUGCCAGGUGCGGAUAUUAGACCUGCUUCACAGAUCCGGACGCAGCGGCUGGCAGUCAAUGUCACUGUCACCCCCGGGUCCGGCGCCGCGGUCCGGCUGCCCGAGUCAGGGGUCAGCGCCGUCCCCGGGCUCUAGCGGCCCGGAGCCCCGCCUGGCGCGGCCGCCCGCCUCCUCCGUUAGCCGCGAGCGAGCCUCGGAACGCCCGAACGCGGCGUGGGGAGCGAGCCCGGCGCGCCGGAUGCCCGGUCAGCCCGCGCCGGGCCCGCUCCGCCCCGGGCCCGCCAUGCAGGGCUCGCUGCGCCAGUGGCGCCGGGCCGCCACGCUGCUGCUGGCCGUGGGCCGUAACCACCCCGGGCCGAGCCCGGCCGCCGCGACCGAGGACUACGAGCUGCUGCUGCUGCAGCGCGGCCGGAACAGCGGCUUCAUGCCCGGCGCCCACGUCUUCCCGGGCGGUGUCAUGGAGGCCGCGGACUCUUCGAGCGACUGGCUCUCCGUCUUCCAACCCCACCACGGGCCGCCGAGUUUCGGCCUGCCCCUCCCCAGGCAGCCCAGGGAAACCUACCCCGAGGUGGCCGUAGCGCCCCGGCCUGCUUCUCACUCGCUCAUCCCUGACGACGUGGCUUUUCGCAUCUGCGCCAUCCGGGAAACCUUCGAGGAAUCGGGCAUCCUCCUGCUGCUCCCCAAGGGCGCCGAGGCCCCGCACCUGCCCCGGGCGCAUGCGCCGCUCGCAGACCUAGCCGCCUGGAGGGCCAGGGUCCAGGAAGACCCUGGCCAAUUUCUCCAGCUGUGCCAGCGCCUCGGGUGCGCACCCAACAUCUGGGCCUUGCAGGAGUGGAGUAACUGGCUCACGCCGUUUGUGAAGAAAGGAGGGAGGCGCUUUGACACGAGGUUCUAUGUCUGCUGCCUGCAUAGCAAACCCCAGACCUUCCUGGACAUGAUGGAAGCGAUUAAAUCCGAGUGGGUAACUCCAACAGAAGCAAUAAAAAAGUUUCUGUAUGAAGAAAUAUGGUUGGCACCACCUCAGUUCUAUGAAAUAAGAAGACUUGUAAACUUUGCUUCUUUAUCGGACCUGCACAAAUUUUGUUUAGACCGGAGUUCAGAAGGAUGUGAAAGAUGGCUGCCAAUUAUGUUGCUAACCCUAGAUGGUGCAGUGCAGCUCUUACCAGGAGAUGAACUAUACCAUGAAGACAAAGAAUUUUUAGAAAAGAAUUUAUCAAUCAACAAAAAGACUGAAGAAAUUAUGGAAAAAAGCAAAAAAUUUCACAGAAUAGUGUUACGCAGCCGUUAUCUUUAUAAUAUCUAUGUGACUAUUCAGCCAAAAUAUAAACACAUAUAUCCAAAGAACUUCUUGGGAUUUAAGAGCCAUUUAUAGUUUGCUACUUGUUUAAAAUUGUAUCUUCAGAAAUAGAAAGUUUGUAUUGAUGAAAAAUGGGUGUUAGCAACCUCACAAGCUUAAAAUACUAGAACCCAGUAAUGGUGAAUUACCAUCUUUCUGCAAGUUUAUCUUUUAGGUAGUUUUGUUUAUUUCCUUCUGCAAACUCUAUAGUGUGCCAUAACUUUGAUUAAUAUUAUCCGACAAGUUUCUUAUGUUAGUAUGUCAAGGAUGAUUCCCUCCCCCAGAGCACAUUGCAAGGUUUGAAUCUGAAGCUCAAAUACAUGUAGCUUCUUACUCACAGUCACACAGAGAAUACAAAAGGCAGAAUGUGAAUCUAGAUUUCCCUGACUCCCAAAACAGCCAAAUUAUUAAAAAGGCGGGGAAAGCUCGUUAGGUAUCACCAUUUCUCCAUUCCCACAAAAGUUUAAGCCAAAGUGAGCACAGAUCACCCUUGUUUUUCUGAUUGCUCAUUGUGCUGCUAUGAACAUUUUGUUAAGGGUGCUGGAUGAGAAUGAACCCCUUUCAGGGCACUGAAGUACCGUACUCUGGUCAUGGGCCACCACAGUUUAAUUCAUCUUUUGGCCUGAACUAAUGAAAGGUUGUCAAAUGGACACAAAGGCCCUAUAUCCACAGAAGUGGAAUAAGAGUGCCAUUCAAUGCUUCAUGUAUUGUUUUUCUUUGUCUUAAGCAUGUCCUCAGCCUUGAUGAUUAAACAGUAAAGCUGUUUAAGGCCAAAUGUGUUUUAAUUUUUUUCCCAGUAGUCCUCAAAUUAUAUAAACACUUAAACAUUUUUAUUUUUUAAAUGUUACUUUAUUCUUUAUUGCCAAAUAAUGAGGUAUACUAAGGCUUGUGAGUUCUACAAUGAUUUACUCUGUAAUGAUAAUUUUUAAUUUUGCCAUUACAUACAUUUUCCUUUUUAAUUCAUUAAAUUUGUCUGUCUUAAGUUUAUCUGAUGUGGAUAACAUGUCAACAUAGAAUGAUGUUCUUUGAUAAAAGUUUGGAAUCUGUGGUCAGGACAUGGAACCUUUAGCUUCGAAGCUGUCCUGCUUGUCUAAGUCUCCUUCAGAAUUUAUUUCUGUAAAUUAAAAAAAAUUCUUCAAUGACUCUCUUUUUCUUUUUUGGGGGGAGGAGGGAAGAAUCAUUAUUGCUAGUCUCUCUCUCUCUCUCUCCCUUCCAAGCUCCCUCCCCCUCCAUUAAGGAAACACAAAUCCUUGUAACAAAUCAAGCAACCAAAUCUACACGUGGACCGUUUCCAAAAAUAUAUGUCUUAUAUUGCAUGUCAAACCACUCUCCCCGACUUCUUUUAGGUGAGGGAUUGCAUCUUUUGUUAUUGGUUCUCUGGAAUAAUGGUUGACCAUUACAUUGAUUAAAGUUCUUGAGUCUUUCCAUA